AUGGCCUGGAUUGGGGACGGAGUCGGGGGACACCUCACGGCCAUCAUGGAGUCCGGGAGCAGCGAGGAGGAGGAGGAGGAAGAGGCAGCUCUUGGACAGCACUCGUCCCUGGAUCCAGUGCCAGAUGACACCGAAACUCGGCUGGCCCAGCUGGAGCAAGCGUCGCAGGCGCUGCUGGCCGAGCUGGCGGCACUGGACACCGAGGUGGAGCUGGAGCAGCAGAGCCGACAGCGAGCCCAGGCCUUCAGUGCCCAGGAGAACGCCCGGCUGGAGAGGAUCAGCCCGGCCAGGAGCCCCAAAGGGACCCUUGAGGUGGCCCCAGAGGAGGUGACAACCACAGGGGUGGCCCUGGAGGAGCCACCCACCCCUGCCCAGCUCCCAGCUCCACAGGAAGAUCUCUCCCAGCUCCUGGAACAGCACCGGGUCCUCCAGGCACAGCUGCAGCACCUGCACACCCAGCUGGAGCUGGAGCGGGAGGAGCAGCAGCGCCUGCGGGCAGCCCUGGCCGCCAGCCAGAGGGCACUGAGGUCCUUCAAGAGAGUGUCCCAGAUUGUCACCCAGGAUUACUGCCAGGCCCUGGAGCAGCUGGAGCUGGAGCAGGACCUGCGCUGCCACGCCGAGGCCUUCGCCCACCAGAUGCUGGUCCAGCAGAAGGAGGCGAAGCGCCAGAGCUCCAUCCUGCUGAGGAGCGUCGCGCCCGAUUCCCAAAUCCUGGAAGCGUUCCAGGAACUGGAAAAACUCAGCCGGGAGCUGGAGGAGACGCGGCAGGAACGGCGCCAGCGGGUGAGGGAACGUCCCCAAGAGGAGGAGCUGCAGCAGGAGCGGGAGGAGCUGCAGCGGGCGCGGGAAGCGCUGGAGGAGGAGCGGGAGCAGAAACGGGAGCUGAGGGAGAGGCUGGAAGGGCUGGAGAAGGAAGUGGGAUCCCUCCGGGAGCAGCUGGCGCAGCAGCCGCCACCCCAGAGCCACCCCGAGGUGCCACCGCCGCCACCGCUGCCACCGCCCGCUGCCACCACCGUCCCCGCCGACCCCCUGGCCGCCCUCAGGCAGAGGAAGGUGCGGAAAAACCCGGAGCAAAGUGACGCGGGGACCGAGGACGUCCGUGCCCGGGCUGUGCAGGAGAUGCUGGAGCGGAUCCGCACCGGGAUCGUCCUGCGGCCGGCCAGGGCCAGGCCACCCCCCGUGCCAGGACUCCGUGGCCAGCAAGAGGAGGAGCGCAGCGCUGGAGCUCCAGGGGAUCCUGGUGGGCAGCGCUGA